CGGUAGCGGCGAGAAUCAAGAUGCUAUGACCGGAAUGAAAAAUGUACCUACCUUCUACUCGGGUGCAGCAUAUUCGGAAGAUGACCUGUUUCUGUCCGGGUACAUCGCGUUGGCCAUUGGUGUAGUAUUUGGAGCAAUUCACUUGAUUGCUUGGUCGUACUCAUUUCUAUCUCAUGCCGAGCAACUUUUAUGGCGACUGUCCUCGAUUGCCAUAAUUGGCAUACCAGCAGUAGCAUUGGCAUGGG